AUGGAAAUAGACAAAGAAUUUUGGGAGGAAUUUAUAAAUAUUUACAAGUUACAUGAAUGUUUGUGGAAUAACAAAAUAGAAGCAUAUGCAAACAUAAACAUGCGUAAUGCUGCAUAUAAUAAACUAAUUGAAAAAUGCAAAGAAAGAUAUCCAGCUGCUAACAAAGAUUUUGUUACUAAAAAAAUUCAUAGUAUGAGGUGCAGUUUCCGGAGAGAGUUAAAAAAAGUGCAAUUGUCAAAACGAAGCGGCAGUUCUGCGGAUGAUGUAUAUAUCCCAACGUUGUGGUACUAUAAUCAACUAAAAUUUAUCACAGAAUGUGAAAUAUCUCGUCAGGGAAUGUUGGCUUUGGAUGAUGAAAUAAAAAAUGAACCGGUAGAAAAUAAUAUUGAAGAUGAGGUUUAGACAGACAACAAUUAAUUAUCGCCGAAAAAAUAAUUGCGGAAACAAUUUAUUAUGGAAAAUUGAAAAAAUUAAAUGAAAAUUCAAGAAUAGCAUUAAAUAAUCAAAGUAUUCCUGCGCAUUAUAUUUCAUAUAAUGUACUACCUCAAUAUCCCUUUAGCGCUGCACAAUAUUCAUCAAAUACAAAUAUCUAA